UCCCCGAAGCUCUGGCGGGUUAGCGCCGGCUUCUCCAGGGUCUCGGGGCAGAACGCUGCGACAAGCGCCCGCCAGAUCUCGGGCAUCAGCAGCUCGUGGCUGGGACGGCUGCUAGGACACUCUGAUUCCACUCAGGACCCAAAAGGCUUGUUCUGGGUCAGGAAUUUGAGUAGUCAACGUUCUGUUGUUUUGGCUUUCCUUUUUUAGUUCUCUAAAUUCUGGUGUCUGUAGGAGAGCUCCUGGUGAGGCGCAGGAUGAAUGUUCAGCUCACCCUUGACCGCAGUGGUCCCGAGUGGGCAGCAGAAGUGUCUGGACCAGCCAUUCUGUUAACCCUUUCUGCGGGAGCUUUGUGGCUCAGAAGCCAAUAGGGCUCCUUUUGAGGUGGAGACACGUAGAGUGAAGAGUGAGGAAGAGCCCGUGCUUCAUCCACCCAGGCCAGUGGUAGUGGCCCCAGCAAGGCAGAGGCUUGGAGGGACCUGUGGCCAUGUAGUUUGUCAGCUCUGAAGAGGGUUCAGCGUCCCAGUGCCCUCUUACUCAUUCAGAGCAGGCUCUGGGAGAGGGCUUUGUCUUCUAGCCCUGUCUUCCUUUCAUACUGGUUCUAAUUCACACCAUGGAUGCUGGUGCCAGUAUCACUUCCAGGGCCUCUGAGCUAUAUCCAGCAUCAAUUGUUGCUUCUGGUCAUAGGACUUGCCAACUCCUGGGAGCCUGUGGGAUACACUGGAGUUCACAUCCAGCCCAGCAGGAGCAUUCCUGGCCAUAGGGAAACACAUUUCCUGUUAUCUCUCUCCCUGCCAUGGUGACCUAGCUGCCUUCACAUUUUAGAGGUCCUUCUGUCCACUGGGCUCUUGUGGGCAGGAAGGGCCUCUCCAUUGGCCCAGGAAGCCCACCCUGCCCUACCACGCAGAGUACAGAAAGAAAGAGAGCCCCAUGCCUGAGCCGAGGGGAGCACCAUGGAUCUGACAAAGAUGGGUAUGAUCCAGCUGCAGAACCCCAGCCACCCUACGGGGUUGCUGUGCAAGGCCAACCAGAUGCGACUGGCUGGGACUUUGUGUGAUGUGGUCAUUAUGGUAGAUAGCCAGGAAUUUCACGCCCACCGGACAGUGCUGGCCUGCACCAGCAAGAUGUUUGAGAUCCUCUUUCACCGUAACAGCCAGCACUAUACCCUGGACUUCCUCUCGCCAAAGACUUUCCAGCAGAUUCUGGAGUAUGCAUACACGGCCACGCUGCAAGCCAAGGCGGAGGACCUGGAUGACCUGCUUUAUGCAGCCGAGAUCCUAGAGAUUGAGUACCUGGAGGAGCAGUGCCUGAAGAUCCUAGAGACCAUCCAGGCCUCAGAUGACAAUGACACAGAGGCCACCAUGGCUGAUGGUGGGGCUGAGGAAGAAGAGGACCGCAAGGCUCGGUACCUCAAGAACAUCUUCCUCUCAAAGCAUUCCAGCGAGGAGAGUGGGUAUGCCAGUGUGGCUGGACAGAGCCUUCCUGGGCCCAUGGUAGACCAGAGCCCUUCAGUUUCCACCUCAUUUGGUCUCUCAGCCAUGAGUCCCACCAAGGCUGCAGUGGACAGCUUGAUGACCAUAGGACAGUCUCUCCUGCAGGGAACUCUUCAGCCGCCUGCAGGCCUGGAGGAGCCAACACUGGCUGGAGGUGGACGGCACCCUGGGGUGGUUGAGGUAAAGACGGAGAUGAUGCAGGUGGAUGAGGUACCUGGCCAGGACAGCCCUGGGGCAGCUGAGUCCAGCAUCUCAGGGGGGAUGGGGGACAAGGUGGAAGAAAGGGGCAAAGAGGGGCCCGGGACACCGACUCGAAGCAGCGUCAUCACCAGUGCUAGGGAGCUGCACUAUGGGCGAGAGGAGAGUGCCGAACAGCUGCCACCCCUAGCUGAGGCUGGCCAGGGUCCCCCUGGCCGCUCAGAACCCUCAGUUCCUCCAGCAGAGAAACAUCUGGGCAUCUACUCUGUGUUGCCCAACCACAAGGCUGAUGCUGUGUUGAGCAUGCCAUCUUCAGUGACUUCUGGCCUGCACGUGCAGCCUGCCUUGGCUGUCUCCAUGGACUUCAGCACCUAUGGGGGCCUGCUGCCCCAGGGCUUUAUCCAGAGGGAGCUGUUCAGCAAGCUGGGUGAGCUGGCCGUGGGCAUGAAGUCAGAGAGCCGGCCCCUUGGGGAGCAGUGCAGUGUAUGCGGGGUGGAGCUGCCCGACAAUGAGGCUGUGGAGCAACACAGGAAGCUGCACAGUGGGAUGAAGACGUACGGGUGUGAGCUCUGCGGAAAGCGGUUCCUGGAUAGUUUGCGACUGAGAAUGCACUUACUGGCUCAUUCAGCGGGUGCCAAAGCCUUCGUCUGUGAUCAGUGUGGUGCACAGUUCUCGAAGGAGGAUGCCCUGGAGACACACAGGCAGACCCACACUGGCACGGACAUGGCUGUCUUCUGUCUGCUGUGUGGGAAGCGCUUCCAGGCACAGAGUGCACUCCAGCAGCACAUGGAGGUCCACGCGGGCGUGCGCAGCUACAUCUGCAGUGAGUGCAACCGCACCUUCCCCAGCCACACCGCCCUCAAGCGUCACCUGCGCUCACACACAGGUGACCACCCGUACGAGUGUGAGUUCUGUGGCAGUUGUUUCCGGGAUGAGAGCACACUCAAGAGCCACAAACGAAUCCACACCGGGGAGAAACCCUACGAGUGCAACGGCUGUGGCAAGAAGUUCAGCCUCAAGCACCAGCUGGAGACGCACUAUAGGGUGCACACAGGUGAAAAGCCCUUUGAGUGCAAGCUCUGCCACCAGCGCUCCCGGGACUACUCUGCCAUGAUUAAGCACCUGAGAACACACAAUGGCGCCUCGCCCUACCAGUGCACCAUCUGCACGGAGUACUGCCCUAGCCUCUCCUCCAUGCAGAAGCACAUGAAGGGCCACAAGCCUGAGGAGAUCCCGCCCGACUGGAGGAUAGAGAAGACUUACCUCUACCUGUGCUACGUGUGAAGGGAGGCCCAUGCAGUGGAGCAGGAGCAAGAGCCAGGAAAGACGAGUUAGAGCGAGAUGAAGUUGAGGGAGAACUGUGCAAAGAAAAAAAAAGAUAAAAAUAUAAAAAGAAAAGAAAAAGAAAAUGAGAGAGAAGGAAAGCCCAAUAGCUAUUUGGCAUUGGAUUCUCUCUGGGGCUCCAGGUGACCUGGAUGCCAAGCCACUGGCCUUUCCCUGGGGGCCUCUGCCCUCCGUGGAGGCUGGAGGCUUGCUUGAUUUUUAUGGGUGGGUAGGGGUGGUUUUGUUCACUUCCAUGGUGGCAUAUUUUUCUCCUCCCUCUACCCAGACCCUCCAUCUGUGUUUAGAAAUGGAGGCUGGAAAGGGAGUGAGAGAGCCUCUGGUCAGAGCCACACUCUCUGCCUGCCCUCCUCCCGCUGUCUCCUCAGAAGAUGGAGGGAGGGAAGCAGAGCGGGGGCUGCAGAUAGUAUGGGGGUCCCCAGUUGAUGCUCACAAUGGCAGCUCUGGUUUUCUGGGGAAAGGUUGGCGGGGGAGAAGACUCUCUUCCCACCACUCACUUCAUCUGAUGCUUUCCUCUGCCCUGCCACAUCUGGGUGUCCCUCAAGGUCUCUGAGAGCCUCUUUGCUCUUCCCAUCCCCAGCUCCUUUGGCUGCUGUCCUCCAGGUCCCAGGAGCUCCUACCCCCUAAGGGAUCUGGGCAAUAUUUCCUUCCUCCUCUGGUUCCUUGUGGGAAAGCUGCAGCCCGCUCCAGAGCCCCUUCCUCCCCUUAGCUUUCUGAUAACCCAGAACAAAAUACAUCAGAUGCCCACCCAGGCCAAGCCCCACCUUGAACAAGAUUCCUGCUGAGCUGUCUUUGCUUCCAAAAUGGAAAAACAUAGCAACUAAAUAGGUUAUAUCUCACCAGCCAAACAUACACCCCACUACAACCCUGUGUCGGUCCCUAGGGGAAGGAACCCAUUAAAGGGCUCAUUGUCCAA